AUGACGAACUGGAAUUCGGCGCUCUGGUUAGGAGUCCUGGGCAUGAUGCCCUUGGCUUCUGCAUCACCACUUCGAUCGGAGUCAGCUCCUCCAACCGCAAGCCAUCCGGCGUCUCUCCCCCAUACCCCGUUUACCGGAACACCGACAACCACCGGUGCCCUGACAGCUUCCUCGAUCGGAACGGGUGUCGUCGAAUCUGCUAGCAUAGCUGCCGCAGAAACAACCUACGCAAGUAACGGUGAGCUUCAAAACGCCGAGCCUGCACCCUAUACCCCAGCUGGAGGCGUCGGAACCGAAGGCCAGAUCCCAGUAUACAACGCUAAAAGCGAUUUCGACUAUGAGUCUCUGGCACUAGCACUCUACCAAGAAUGGAUCGAACUCGACCUAUUCCAAGAUGGUCUCCGCCGCUUCUCAGCCAAGGACUUCGAAGAUGCCGGCCUGAAUGCGGCAGACCGCGAGUUAAUCGCCUUUAUGGCGGAACAAGAAGUCGGUCACGCAACACUAAUCAGCAACAUGCUCGGUGCCGACGCGCCUAAACAAUGCCAAUACGACUACCCCUACACCAAUGUCCAGGAAUACCUCGACUUCUGUCAGAAACUUACUCGUUUCGGCGAGUCGGGUGUGUACGGAUUCCUUGGUCAUCUCGAUUCCCGUGAGGCUGCCACUCUGCUCACGCAGUCCAUUACCACCGAGGCACGUCAACAGAUGAUCUUCAGACAGUUCGAGGGUUUAUUCCCCAUGCCUGUUUGGUUUGAGGUUGGGGUUCCGCAGUCGUGGGCUUGGACGCUUCUGGCGCCGUAUAUCAGCUCUUGUCCUGCUGACCAAACCCGUUUGGUUUGGCAGAAUUUCCCCGCGCUGUGGAUUGAGAACCAGCCUACUUUGGCUGAUGCUGGGAAACACAACAAUGGGACUGCGUUUAACAACACGUUGGCUCCUGGCAUGAAUGUCGCGAAGGCUUCUAGUAAGGAGAAUCCUAACUCGAACAAUGGCGCUUCGGGAGCGAGUGUCACACCUGAGGGAUACUCACCUCUUUCGUUCCCUGGGAGACGGGUUGAUUUGAGGUGGGAGGAGCCUGGCAAGGCUGUCGGUCCUAAUAACAGUUAUGUUACUUCGACACAGGCUGGGGAGGCGAAGUUUGUUGCCUGGGCUUCGCAGUUGAACGUAACCUAUACCCCAUUGCUUGGGGUGCAUGGUUCGAGUGGCUAUACCAUCCAGCCUGAUAUGGAGACUUAUGAGGGGGAUCCGGCUGUGAAUGGUACCAUGUUCAUUGCUAUCACUGAUUCGGAUACCUUCUUGACUCCUUUCAAUUUGAGCAUGAUCAAUACCCAUGUUGUUGCUGGCCCGGCUCUUUAUCAGGCUGAUUAG